GUACGUCUGUAGGCUAAGAAAAAAGAGCGAUGUCAGUCAGCUGACGAGUUCGUUGGCAACCCGAGUGGGCAGCAGAGUAAAAGACAGUGCCUAGCGCGAGAGCUGAACGGCAACGCGCACCGGGUUCGUAAUAACUAAGUAGUUACUUCCAUCAUCGCUGCGUAGGUCUGCACUGCGGCCCUCCUGGCUUGUGUCGAGCUUGCGCUUAUUGAUGCUUCACUAGUUCAGCCACUACAACUCGUUGGUUCAGUUUUUUUUAUGGUGGAGGCAAAGCAAGGCGGUUAGGAUGGGAGAGGCCGGGCCGGAAAGGAAGAGACUGUUUAGCAGCUCGCUAAGCACCGACUUGACAGCGUCUCCGCGCAGUCGUAGUUUCAGCGGACUAACAACUCUGUCCCGUCGUCUUCGCGAGGAAAGAGAAGAGGUGAAAGCCUUGGCGAGAGAGGCCGCGAAGGCCCUAUCGGAUGAGCCGAGCAAGAAGCGGGAGGACGACCAAGAUUAUUUGGUGAACAAGCAGACCGUAUUUAUACAUCCGGACAGUCUGGCGUCGGAAGGAUUCAAAAACUUGACGGAAGCACUAUUGGACUGGGUACAUGGCGUUCUCCAUAGGCGUCGGGUUGUUGUAGCUGAUAUCGGCGAGAAUUUUCACGACGGUCUCGUUUUCAUGGAGCUGCUUGAAGAGCUUGAAGGGAACCCUUCCAUGGCAAGAAGCGAGGUACCACUGAGCAGCGAUCAGAAAAGAAACACACUUGAUAAGGCAUUGGAGUACUUCGCAAGUGUAUACCGGGGUGAGAUCAAAUGGAUGGCGGACGCAAUCUACCACAAGGAUCUAGUGCAAACAAUUCACCUGCUCGUGGCCAUGGCUAGGCAUUACCGCUGUCCUAUUCCGUUGCCGAAGAACGUAUCCGUCAAUGCCAGCUAUUUCGAACGACAGACCCACAAAAUGGCACAGAAACGUUUGGUGGCAGAGCUCACUGGCAAUGAAGACUAUUUUGGCAGGUCAGUACGGGCAGUCUCAGAUACAGACGUGUUUGAUCAACUGUUUGACCGGGCAGCCGACAAGGUGGAGGACGUGGAGCGCAAUCUAAUAAAGUUUGUGAACCAGCAGAUGGGCAAGGUUCAAGUCACGCUGUGCGAAAUCGGCAAGCAGUUCAUGGACGGUGUCAACCUGAUCUAUCUGAUCUCGCUGGCCGAAGGGUACUUUGUCCCGCUGUGCUCGUACCAUGUGUGCCCCGUCUCGGACAGCCAGCGCCUGCACAAUGUCUCUCUUGCAUUUGAGCUGUUGCAACACACGGUUCCGCUGCCAGCACGCAAGCUGUGCUCCCCGAAGCUCAUCAUGCAAGCAGACCUGAAGGCAACAUUGCGCCUACUCUACGCUGUCUAUCGCGUGUACAAAAAAACAUGCGUGAGCGAGUCCUCGUCACAACAAAGGGUCCACACGGCAGUUUGAAUCACACAACGACCAAUGAACGACAACAGGCAUUGCGAGCCACACUUCUAUCCCGGAACAGAAAUUGACACAACAUAUUUAUCAAGGGACUUUUCCACUCUCCACUGGAAACCAUGUCAAAUUUGUCUAACAAUUGUUUUUCUUUCUAUUGUUGUUGUAUAAAAACGAUGUAUCGUAAAUUCGAACACAAAGAAAGUUGAAAUGCAUCAAGUGAUCUCUGAACUCCUAGUUGAAAAUUUG